CACCGCUCAACAAUGAGACGGUGGGGUUUGCCUCGUGUCUCUGGUAAAUGGCAAAAUACUUAGUGUGUGUGCUUUUAACCCUGCUGUUAGGCAACUGAGUGGCUGAGCUUGUAGGUGAGGUCACAGUAAUCUGUAUUUAAAGUCAGCGCGUACUAACCUCAAAACAGGUUUGGAAACGUUUUUACUUGCUGCACCAAAGGAUAGAGGAAAAAGUUGAGUAAGCUGUGACAUUCCCUUUCUUUGUUCCUCCAUGUACCGGCAAGUACCGUGGGCAGCCCUGGCCUGGCGGAAGGGUGCAAUGCUCAGAGACUGUGCUUCUUCCGGAGACACAAUGGCUGCUGGCCCACCAACUCCCUCUGUGAGCAGCCAUAGGCUCACUCUGGUAGAGUUGACAUUAUGGUCUCUGUUGAUCUUGCUGGUUUUUGGGCUGGAACCAGUAAUGGGUCAGAAGAUCUACACCAACACAUGGGCUGUCCACAUACCUGGAGGUCGGGAGGAAGCAGAACAAAUUUCCCAUAAACAUGGUUUCAUCAACUACGGACAUGUUUUUGGCGACUAUUAUCACUUCAAGCAUCGUACAGUGGCGAAGCGAUCGCUUUCUGAUCAUAGGGGCACACAUAUCCGUCUGCUUAAAGAUCCCAAGGUGACCUGGGCAGAGCAACAGGUGAUCAAACGUAGGACAAAAAGGGACAUCUAUAUAGAACCUACUGAUCCAAAAUUCAAGGACCAGUGGUACUUGUACAACACCAACCACCGUGACUUGAAUGCCAAAACUGCUUGGCAGUUGGGCUACACAGGUAAAGGAGUGGUGGUGUCCAUCUUGGAUGAUGGUAUAGAGAAGAACCAUCCUGACCUGAGUCAGAACUAUGACCCAGAUGCCAGCUAUGAUGUGAAUGAUGGAGACCCGGACCCUCAGCCAAGAUAUACACAGCUGAAUGACAACAGACAUGGAACACGCUGUGCAGGAGAAGUGGCAGCAGUAGCCAAUAAUGGCAUCUGUGGGGUCGGUGUGGCUUACAAUGCCAAGAUUGGAGGCGUGCGCAUGCUGGAUGGUGAGGUGACAGACAUGGUGGAGGCCCAGUCUCUCAGCCUGAACCCUCAACACAUUGACAUCUACAGUGCCAGCUGGGGCCCAGAGGAUGAUGGCAAAACUGUGGAUGGGCCUGCCAAACUUGCCAAAGAGGCCUUUCUGCGUGGAGUUACUGAGGGUCGUGGAGGUUUGGGCUCCAUCUUUGUGUGGGCAUCUGGCAAUGGUGGGAGAGAUAAGGACAGCUGUAACUGUGACGGCUAUACCAACAGUAUCUACACCCUAUCCAUCAGCAGCUCCACCCAGAAUGGCUUCGUCCCCUGGUAUAGCGAGGCUUGCUCCUCAACCCUCGCAACCACCUACAGCUCAGGCAACCUGAAUGAGAAACAGAUAAUUACGACAGACCUUAAGGCUAAAUGCACAGAUUCCCACACAGGAACCUCUGCCUCUGCCCCGCUGGCUGCUGGGAUCAUUGCUCUGGCACUUGAGGCAAAUAAAAAUUUGACCUGGAGGGACAUGCAACAUCUGGUUGUGCAAACUUCUCACCCUGCCCACCUGGCCACCAAUGACUGGAAUACCAACGGGGUUGGACGCAAAGUCAGCCAUUCAUACGGAUAUGGCCUACUUGAUGCCAGUGGAAUCGUAGCGCUGGCAAAGACAUGGACCAGCGUGGGGCCACAACGAAAAUGUGUGAUCACCUUGGUCUACGAACCAAAAAACAUUGGCGGCCAUUUAUCAGUAAACAAGAGCGUGGAUGCCUGCUUGGGGAGCGACAGUCACGUGACCUCACUGGAACACGUCCAAGCUCGGCUCACCCUGUCGUACAACCGGAGGGGCAACCUGGCUAUCCACCUCAUUAGUCCUGCCGGCACGCGCUCAACACUGCUUCACCCCAGGCCUCAUGACUACUCAUCAGAGGGUUUUAAUGACUGGGCUUUCAUGACCACCCACUCUUGGGAUGAGAACCCCUCUGGAAAGUGGACGCUGGAGAUUGAGAAUGUAGCAGGGGCCAGUGACUACGGCACUCUAACCCAGUUCAUCCUGGUGCUAUAUGGCACCGGCCCCCGUGAUGAUUCUCAGCCUGUAAACGGCAACUGUAAGACAUUGGACCUCAAACAGACAUGCCUUGAGUGUAAUGCUGGCUACUACCUCUUCAUGCAAAGCUGUGUGACACAAUGUCCAACAGGCUAUGCCGUGGGUUCUCAGCCCCUCAACUACACAGUGGGGAACUAUAUUUCGCCAGCCUCAGUCCCAGCCUGCAUGCCGUGCCUGCCGCCCUGCCUGACGUGCAGCAGCCUCAGCGUUGAGGCCUGCCUGUCCUGCCCUCCUCACAGAUCCCUCAAUACCAUCACCGGCACUUGCGAUCGCGUCACCCAGUACAUGCGCGAGUCCCCCGGUGUCUUUGUGCCGGGCCAGGGGGAUGCUGGGUUGCAGCCCCAGCUCAGCUCCCAAUUGCCUAUGACUGUGGCCAUUCUCAGCUGCAUGGCCAUCAUGGCCGUCUUCGCUGGCAUCUUCCUCCUGCUGCAGCUGCGCUCGGGCGCCCUCGUCAAGCUCCCGUCUCUGGAAGCCGGCGGCGGCAGCCUCACGGGUGGCUUCAGCCUGGGUGGCAACAGGGUGGUGUCGUACCGCGGCAUCCCGACAGUUUGGGGGGACGACGGCGCCAACACAGACUCGGAAAACGAAGAGUUUGACGUCCAAAACGAGAGGACUGCCUUUAUCAAAACACAAAGUGCUCUUUAAUACAUUGCAUUUCUGCCCUGCUUUUUUAAAAUCCUCGCCACCAAUUGUUUGGUAAUUCAGGGCUGGGGUGUCUUUGCUUUCCUGCUCUCUGGUUUUAUCUUUCGUCCCGACUCUUCAGCCUCCAUUUUAGUGGGUUCCCAUCAUCCUCCACUUCCCCUGUAAGAGACCUGACAGGAAGUCGCUGCACCCUUGGAGCUCAGGAUGUGUUCACACUUAUAUGAGACCACGUUUCUUCCUCCAAGUCUUCUUCCCUUGGGUCACUUGCAGUGUGCGUCCGUCCCCACCCUCCUCUCCAGCUCCUAUUGUUCCACUAAAACAAUUUGCUUUUCUUCCUCCAUCCCUUUUUGAUCAGUGUCUCUGCAUUAGCCAGAUGAGAUUGUUUGAUGUGAGCAACACAAGCGUGCCAGUGUCCGUCCUGCACGUGAGUGUUCAAUCUGUCAAUACACUAGUUACUUAAGUCUAUUUUCAAGUGAGGACAAACAUUUCGGAAACAUAGAUUCUCAAGUAUCAACAUCCCAAAUGCUUCGGGAGUUUCAUAUCUUUUUUUUUCUGGGUCACCUGUCAACGGGUGUGUCAUCUGUUGUGUAGAUGAUAGAUGAUGCUUUUACAGCACCUUGCAGAUGUCUCUAUACUGCAAUGCGAGCCACACAUGGGUUCCCACAGCUGUCAGAAUCAAGUUGUGGGGGGUGGGGGGGGGGGGGGCUAUAAAAGCCUCAAAUGUAUCUAACCUUGCAGCUAUCACAUGUGAAAGUGUUAUAGUACAAAUGUACCUGAUCAACCCUGCGGCACCGGAGCAGCUAUUACUUUUGUAAUUCAUCUGCUGAAGGAUUGGACUCAUUACCAAUACAUCAAUACGUUCCGUUGGCCCGGCCAUAUUAGCACUACAAAGACAAAUUGCUCAUGCCUCAAAUUAGAAAUGACACUAAUGUACAUGUCUGUCAUUUAUUGUGGAAGAGAAAUAUACAGAGACAUUUUCCCCCUCCAGCUCAUAUUCCUGCUCUCUUUUAAGCCGAGUUAAAACUGCACAUCUCAUCAACAUCUCUGCAUCAAUUUUAAAUUGAAGUGAAUCUCCAUCAUCAGCCCCUCCAACAAUGGAGUUGGAUUCUGAUUGAUGCUGCAGAAACUGAGAUAUAUAUAUAUAUAUAUAUAUAUAUAUAUAUAUAUAUAUUUUUAUAAAACAUACCUUAGGGGAAGGUUGAUUUUCAGUCUUUUUCUUCUGUGCUGCAUUUUAAAUGUGCAUCUCGUGAUUGACUGCAUUGUAGCAAAUCUAAAUCCAUUGAUCUCUGUUCACUAGCUUCACUGAAUUGAGGUUUUUUUCCACUCCCAUCUGGCAGUCAAACAUUGCUGAGAGGUUGUCAUGAUGGUGAUGACAUGCAUACAAAACUGCAGCUGCUCACACUUUAUAUCUACCUCUUAUCACUCGGCAUGGUUUCACACACCAUCACAUGCGCAAGCUGGAAGUAUUUUGGAAAUAUUAAGCAGGAUUGGUGUAUCAUUUGAUUUUUAGGAUGCAGUGUCAAAUGUAGUCUCCAAGUUAGCAUUCACAGGGAGGGCUUUAAAUCCUUUUUUGGGGAAUUGGCCGGGUCAAAGGAUUGACUUUUCGGUCCCAUCGGCCCACAUUUAUGCAUUAAAUCGAGAUUGCUGGCGAGACGUUGUUUGUGCCGUUUGUACUAUCCUCUUUCGAUGGUUCCUCUUGAGGUUAAGACUUUUUGUUCUGACACUGACAAUCAAUUUCCCUGUUUAGAGAGCAAGAGCCAGGCACAGAAAAUAAAUCCAUUUAAACCUAACCACUUGUGUCGAAAGGCCCUCCCGUAGUCUUUUUGGUUCAUGUGCAGAUGUGAUUGCAGAGGUGUUUGUCCCUGAUGUGGCUGCACAGGACUGAUCGUGGAUCUACAUUAGUGCCUACUGACAUUUAGGCUUUAAGUAGGAUAAUAAUUUAGAAAUGCUAUAUGGACUCAGAUAAAAGACUUCUGGUAUUGUGUGAAGCGUAUAAAAAGCAUAAUGAGCUAAUGCGGCACCAAAACUGCUUCCAAGAACUUCUUUUAGAAUUACAAUUUGGAGUGAUUUUGUUAUUAGAGGUAAUAGUCGAGCGUGUGCAAAUGGCACAAAUUGUUUUGAGUAGUUGUCUGCCUCUUUGACUGGGUGCUUUCGAGUGCUCAGUUUUAGAACUUCCUGAAGUGGGAGAGUGCGUCCAACGCACUAGUUCACUGUUUCAACCGCUUGCUGCCAAGUCACAAAACAAAAAAUGUGAUGGAAGUGAGUUCGAAUAUUUGGCUUAAUGUGCUGAACUGUCUUUUUGGAACAUUCAAGACUUGCAGAUUGACAGAAUAGAGGCUUUUCUGUGGUUUCAAUCAAAUGGAGCUUGUGAAGUCUCUGUCGAUUCGAAUUAAAAGGAGCAAUACGUUGGCAGAACCAAAGACAAUCAUUUUGUCUGUCUCGUCUUAAGAUUUGUCACUUGUCAGUCUCCCAUCAAGUCCUUUUUCACUUCAGUAGUGUGUAUGUGUUGUGUGUGUGUGUUGUGUGCGUGGUUGGUCAUCAUGUGUCAUCUCUGUUGCAACACCUUGUAUUGUUGAGCUGCUGUGAAGGAAGGCGCUAGAAUGUAUCCCAUUUUCUUAAACUUAAGGGCUGAAAUCGGUUCUGUGCACGUCCAUGUGCGCACAUGCUUGGUCAGCAUACAUAAAAUGUGUUCGGGGGCGGCCUCAGAUGACCCCCGUCGAUCUCCUCGCGAGGUUCCCGGCCCCUUGGCUGCACACAGUACCUUAAGCGUGUGACCUAUGAAUACUGUACACAAAUGACUUGGCUUACCUGGGACAAAACUCUAAAUAAGGCCUAUUUUUGUACUACAUGAAUGGUGCAGUGUAAUUUUCUUGUAAUUUAAAGAUUGUUUGCUCUUGUUUUCUUCUUUUUAUUUAAUUGAUGUCAAUUAUAGAUUCUACUAAAAUAAAGAUCUAUGCAAAUUUAAA